AUGGCGAUUCCGGCUGAAGCGCAAGGGAUCACUGCGGCCAUUUUAUGUGCGGUUUUUAGCACGGCGAACCUGAUGAUUAGUAAGAUUCUGCAAGCCUGGGACUGGCCUUAUUUCUUUCUUGCUGGUCUUUCGGCCCUUUGUAUUACUUUGGGGCUGGCUAUCACUAUGGCGUGCCAGAAGACUUACAAGCUUCAACGCAGGGAAGUGAAAUGGGUGAUCUUGAGAGGAUUCUUUGGUUGCGGCAACAAUGUGCUAAGCGUUUGUGCUGUAUUAGCCGGCGCAGAGGUGGGUUCCGUGGGCGCUUUAGGCUGCGUCAACACCGUGGUGGCAGCACUUUUAGGACGCUUGGUUCUUGGCGAAGCUCUCGGAAAGCUGCACAUUUUGGCCGUGGUCUUUUCCUUAACUGGUGCUGUUCUCAUCUCUGACCCUGCGCACGCCAUCUCGAGUAUGGGUUCCAGUCUGCUGGGCAAUUUGCUGGCACUCCUGGCAGGUGUUUCAUUGGGAUGCAUGUUCAUCAGCUCCAGGAAGUCCGGCUCCGCCUCAUCGAUGAUGCUGACCACUUCGGCCAUGCUGCAGCGCUGCAUCAUUUGUUGGUCCUUGCAUUUCAUCCCAGCAGUGCCCGACGGACGCUUCGAGCUGUUGGGAAAGAGCCUUCCACAGAGUCUCCUCUUCUUCUCCUGCCUGGCGGCUGCCAUUUUUCUCACCAACAUCCUCUCUUCGGUGGCCUCCAAGAAAUGCCCUGCUGCGUUGAGUUCAACCAUGAUGAAUGGCAGUUGUAUGGCCUUUGGGUACGUCAUGGAUAUCCUGAUUUUCCACAAAGUUCCUACCAAGCUCACAGUGAUUGGUGCCGCCAUGAUGUUGUUGGCUGUGAUGACAAUGGCCCUCACUCGCUUGCCGAGAAAGUCGACAAGGACAGAGAACAACCUUUCGACCAAAGAAGACACGGCCACACCCAGCAGCGUUGCCAGUGCUACGAGUUUGGCUUCCUUUGUGGCCUCCGAAUUUGCCGAGAGACAGGAGAUGAUUCCUUCGGAGUUGCCAGAGCCAAGCGUUUCCGGACCAAGGCAGCGUUUGCCGUCGACGCUGCCGGCAACUCUCUUUGGUGCACAAGCGUGA